AUGAAUAAUCAAUAUCAUAAUAGUAGUAGUAUAUGUGGUAGUGAUAGAGGUGUAGAUAGUGGAACAGGAAUCAAUAUAAUCUCUGAUACAAAUUUACCUAAAUCAUCAUAUGAAAAACGUGUUACCAAUAAUAUUGUUCAUGAAAAUCUAGAUGAAUUACAACAUAUAGUUGAAUUUUCACCUAGAGACAACACUACACAUUGA